GACUAGCUCACAUAAACUAAGUCAUGCAUCAAAGCUUGAAUUCAGUUAUAGAUUCAUAACGAGUAAUUGUGGAAACAGAGCUUGCCUAUCAAAGACCUUUCUUCCAAUUAUCAAAUCCCCGGCGUCAAAAGUAAAGAAGGAACAAAAAAAGGACGAAAAUGUUGUCAAUACUAUUGGAGAAAGUCACAAAUUGAUGCUUCGUGCCGGUCUUAUAAGGCAGCACAAACAGUCUUCAUCAGGAAUAUACACGCUACUUCCAUUUGCACUUCGAUCACUUGAAAAAAUAGAAAAGAUUGUAGAUCAGGAACUAGAAAACAUUGGUGCUCAGAAAUUGCUUCUUCCAAUACUGCUAAGCGCUAAUUUGUGGAAAAGAACGGGUCGAUGGGAUGCUUUUGGAACCGAGCUAUUCCAACUCCAAGAUCGCAAAAACUCAGAAUUUUGCCUUGCGCCGACACACGAGGAGGAAAUCACUCAACUUGUUUCAAAUGAAGUAGUGUCGUAUCGACAGCUUCCUUUACGUUUAUAUCAAAUAGGGAGAAAGUAUCGUGAUGAAAUGCGGCCACGUCUAGGAUUACUACGGGGACGGGAGUUCAUAAUGAAAGAUUUAUACACGUUUGAUGCAACGGAAGAAUUAGCAUUAAAAACUUACGAGGAAGUAGUUGAAGCAUAUAAAAAGAUAUUUACUAGGAUUGGGCUUCCAUUUACCAUUGCUAAUGCGGAUACUGGAAACAUUGGUGGAACAAAAUCUCACGAAUUUCAUUUCUUAUCCCCUGCUGGAGAGGAUUCGAUAUUGUACUGUACGCAGUGUGGAUAUUCUUCCAAUGAAGAACGCGCAAUUGGUAUUAUCCCUGCGUCAUCCUCACCUUUCUCAGAUAUAAAUCCAACAAUGAGAUUUGGCAUUACUAAGGACAAGAGAUUUUCUGUAAUAAUAUUGGGAAGCGAACGAGAAUUAAACAUACCUAAACUAAAAAAAGAGAUGUCCGAAAAUAGUAUUGAAAUUUUGCAACUUGGAGAUCACGAAAAUGUUCAAGAACUUCUUCGUUCCGAUAGAAUGUCUUCUUUAGACAUAUAUGUAGAUAAAUCAUUUUCUGCAAACAUGAUUAAUUUGGAUUCGCUUCUGAGAAACAAAAUGGUUAGUGAUGUUCUCUCCGGAAUGAUCAAGGAAUUACAAAACAGUCAGCUGAAACCUGUCAACAUUCACCAUGGCGAUUAUCAUAAUACGAAAACUUGUGACGGUUGUCCCGUUUGUUUUAAAUCUGCAGAAACAGAUCGUUUUACUCCGCUAAAGAAUAGUCAUGCUAUAGAAGUUGGACAUACCUUUCUACUAGGGACCAAAUAUUCAGAAUUACUAAAAGCAUCAUAUGCACCCGAAAGUCCCAAGACACCAGGGGAAUUACUUCCAAUUCAAAUGGGUUGCUAUGGUCUUGGGAUCUCGAGGAUGCUUGCAGCAAUUAUCGAGAGUUCGCAUGAUGAAAAUGGAAUAAUAUGGCCCGCUUCUGUUGCUCCAUAUAAAGUUUGCAUCCUUCAGGGAUCUGACGAAUCAAGAAUCACAGAAACAACGCAAGCCUUGUACGAUCUGUUAAAUUCGGAAUGCACAGAACUGAGUGGAGAUGUGAUAAUUGAUGAUCGUGUGAAUCUGUCUUUCGGAUACCGUUUGAGGGAUGCAGAACUUGUCGGUUACCCUUGGCUAAUUGUUUUAGGGAAUAAUUAUUUAGAAAAUGGUAAGAUAGAGAUAAAUGAAAGACGUAACAAACAGAGAAAUUUUAUGGAUUUUGGGCAUAUAAAAGAAUCUAGAUUUUGGUUGUAG